AUGGAUCCCUCAAAGAUAAGAAAGAAAAUCGGUCGCUUUCGAAUCCUCGUUAUAGGAAGAGCGAAUGCUGGAAAAACUACCAUCCUCCAGAGAGUUUGCAAUACGCGGGAAAAUCCAGAAAUAUACAACAGCGCCGGGGAAAAGAUCGAUGCUACAGUGUUGAUGGCUUCAACAGAGCGUGGAGAGCACGAUAUCGAGAACGAAAUGGUGUUUCGGAGCAACCCAGGAUUUGUCUUCCACGAUUCACGCGGGUUUGAAGCAGGCGGCGAAUCCGAAUUCGACAAGGUGAAGGCGUUCAUCGUAGGCCGUUCCAAGGAAACUAGAUUAAGGAAUAAACUCCAUGCUAUCUGGUACUGCAUCCCGAUGGACGAGGCAAGCAGGUCGUUCACCAAAGGAGAAAUCAAAUUUUUCUCUCAGUGCGACACAGGAAUCAUUCCAGUGAUGGUAUUGUUUACCAAAUUCGAUGCCCUCUACGACGUAGCAUAUGCAGAGCUGAGAUCGAAGAGAGUAUCGAUGGAGGAGGCUGAAGAACAGGCGCCAAAGCACGCUGAAGAGUCAUUUGCAGUUGGGUCACAAUUGAAGUUUCUAUACCACUCCAAGGACAUUCGACACCCUCCAAGAUGUCAUGUAUGCCUCCCUAACAUGGACAAGGAUGAUGCAGAUUGCGGGCAACUCAUCAAACGCACGGCCGGAACUCUGGAUGAUGAAGUGGUGGAGCAAUUAUUCGUCUCGACCCAGCAGACGAACUUAGAGUUCUGCAUGACGUAUGCAGUUAAGAGGUACCUAUACAUAGUCUCAUUUACUCGCCAUGAGCGUUAG